AUGUACUGCCGAACCGACCGCCACGAAGAGGGCGUCGCCGAUGCUGCGAAUCGCGAGUUCGAUGCGUACCUGGACUCCAUCUCGCAUCAUGUCGAGCUCUUGAGCACAGCUCUUCGCCAUGUGUCGCUCAAGAUUCACGACAAUCCUGAGCUACAAUAUCGUGAAUACCUCGCACACGAGACUAUUACCGCUUUCGUGGCUGAGUACCCAGGCUGGAAUGUGACACGUUCAGCAUUCGCCAUUCCGACUGCUUUCAUGGCAGUCUUUGACAGCGGCAGAUCCGGUCCGGCUGUGUCAUUCAAUGCAGAGUACGAUGCAUUGAAGGGUAUUGGACAUGCGUGUGGUCACAACCUCAUUGCGAUCGCUUCCAUCGGAGCAGCACUCGCCACAGCGGAAAUGAUGAAAGAUCAUGCUCUCAAUGGGAGGGUGGUACUCUUCGGGACCCCGGCAGAGGAAGGCGGAGGCGGAAAGAUCAAACUAUUGGCAGCUGGUGCGUUCGAAGGGAUAGAUGUCUCCCUCAUAUCUCAUCCCGGCAUAUCGCGAAAUAACGCCCUAAUGCGGACAUCUGCCUACUCUUCCCUCAAAGUAGAAUACUUUGGGAAAGAAGCCCAUGCUGCUGCGAGACCUUGGGAUGGCAUUAAUGCACUAGAUGCACUGGUUAUUGCAUAUACAAGCAUAUCCGCGCUCAGACAGCAGACACAACCUGGGGACAUUAUCCAGGCACAGAUAGUGGACGGUGGUCUGCGACCCAAUAUCAUACACGCUUACGCUUCCGGCCGUUUUGUCGUUCGCUCUGAAACCAGCGAUCGGCUCGAUGCUUUGAAGAAGCGCGUGCUGGCAUGUUUUGAAGGGGCAGCAGCAGCGACCGGUGCUGAAUUGGUGAUUACGCAAAAAGGGGGAUAUGCGAAUCAUCGGCCGAACAAAGCUCUUGGGCGUAGCUACCGAAAGGCUUUCAAUUCCCUGGGCGGCGAUAUCUUGGCCGAAGAAGUUGACUGGCUCACUGCUAUGACCAGGGCUAGUACGGAUCAAGGGGAUGUCAGUCAUGCUGUUCCAUCGAUCAGUCCCAACUUUUGGAUCCGAAGCAUUUUUGGUGGUCCCCACACACCAGACUUCGAAAAGGCUUCUAGGACCGAAGAAGCUCAUCGCCUUGCUUUGCGAGUAGCCAAGGCUCUCGCCGCCACUGCAGUCGAUGUUCUAACGCAGCCUGAAUUCUUGCAAGAGGUCAAGCGAGAAUUCGCCGACGCGGCCACAUGA